UCUGCGGGCUCGACGCCACCGCACACUGACGCCAUCUUUAAACACCAGAAGGCUCCUCCGUUCAGCGUUAGAAUCGCACGCUUUCCGUGCCUGUGUGUUUGAGUUGAAUCGUCUUGGAGCACGUCUCCGGAUAAAUUAGCAGGAAAAACGACUCGACAUUUCGACUGUUGUCUGAAAUGGAACACAAGUGACUUGAAUGGUCAUAGGGCGACCAGUAACGUCAGAAGCGGAAGGCAGCGGCCGAGUGUGAAAAAAGGCGUUGUUGUUCACGUAGCUAGCUAGCUAGCUAGCUAGCUAGUUAGCUGUCCGGCCGAGCCGCAGCUUGGCGCCGACGGGACGACAUACCGCCGCCCUCGCCAGACCUCUCCCCCACGUCCCGGGCCUUCCUGGCGGGUUUGCUGGCCGCAGCAGGUCCCCUCUUCUCCCCCCCCCGUCCCCUCGGAGAUGAGCGGAAGAUGUCGGUGUCGGGGCUGAAGGCCGAGCUCAAGUUCCUUGAGUCCAUCUUCGACCCGAACCACGAGCGGUUCCGAAUCAUCGACUGGAAACCCGACGAGCUCAGCUGCCAGUUCAACGUGACGGGGGAGAAGCUGCUCAUCAUUCACUGCAACAUCACGGAGUCAUACCCCUCAACCCCUCCAAUAUGGUUUGUGGACUCUGAUGAUCCAAGCCUGACACAAGUGCUUGAGCGCCUAGAGGAUGUGCGGAAAGGCAGCACUCUGCUCCUACAGCAGCUGAAGCGGCUCAUCUGUGACCUGUGCCGGCUCUACAAUCUGCCCCAGCACCCGGAUGUCGAGAUGCUGGACCAGCCCCUGCCGACAGGGCCUGUUAACCCAGAUCGAAAGCAUGUGCUACCUGAUGAAGUGACAUCUGAGGAAGAGGAGGAGGAAGAGAUGGGAGAGCAGGAUAUAGAAGACCUGGACCACUAUGAGAUGAAAGAGGAGGAGCCUGUGGAUGGAAAGAAGUCUGAAGACGAUGGAAUUGAGAAGGAGAACCUUGCCAUCCUGGAGAAGAUUCGCAAGAACCAGAGACAGGACCACUUGAAUGGAGCAGUGUCUGGUUCUGUUCAGGCCUCAGAUCGUCUCAUGAAGGAACUCAGGGAGAUCUACAGAUCACAGAGUUACAAGACAGGAAUCUACUCAGUGGAGCUUGUCAAUGAUAGCCUUUAUGAAUGGCAUGUCAAGCUGAGGACGGUAGACCCAGAUAGCCCAUUACACAGUGAUUUGCAAGUUUUGAAGGAAAAAGAGGGCAUGGACUACAUUCUGCUCAAUUUCUCAUAUAAAGACAAUUUCCCAUUUGACCCUCCAUUUGUACGUGUGGUUUCACCUGUGCUUUCAGGAGGUUAUGUCCUUGGAGGAGGUGCCCUCUGUAUGGAGCUACUAACAAAACAGGGUUGGAGCAGUGCCUAUUCUAUAGAGUCUGUCAUUAUGCAGAUCAAUGCCACCCUAGUAAAAGGAAAAGCUAGAGUGCAGUUUGGAGCCAAUAAGAACCAGUACAAUCUUGCCAGAGCACAGCAGUCAUAUAAAUCCCUGGUGCAGAUUCAUGAAAAAAAUGGCUGGUACACACCCCCUAAAGAGGAUGGUUAAAAUGUGAACCUCACUGUGUGCACUGGGACCACAUGUGUUUGGGUCAGUUUUUUUCCCCCGACUAUUUUCUUAUUUUAUUUUGGUUUUUUCUUCUUCCCUUCUUGGAUUACUUCUUUAUAAAGACAGUUACAUAAACAAGUUUGUUCCAAAUUGGCAAUUGUGAGCAGACUCACUGACUUUUCCAUCUGUAGCUGAACUGGCAAGUCUGUAUCACCCCGACCCUCCCUUCUUCACUGCAACUCAACUUUAAAGUACUUUCACCUUUCUUCAUUCUAGCCAUCUCUCAAACAGCAGAACCACUUUGCAGGAGAUGAACUUUCCAGAUGUGGGUGGUGACUUGUAUUAGCCCAGAGUCCCCUAGGCAGAAUGCGAUUUGAGAGGAGGGACAGCCAAAUGCAAAGUCAUCAUAGCAGCCAAAUACAUAUAAGAAAGGAGGUGGUGGGCUUGACUUCCAGUUUUUUCUAAAGGUGAGAACCUGGCCUUGUGUCAUAACCAAAGCAGCCAGUUGUUGUUCUUGUUCUCCUUAUUCCGUAAGGUAAUUCUUCAGUCAUGGUUCAGAAUUUUAACAUGGAAACCAUGGAGAUACUGCUACCAUGGAAACCUUUAAUGGUGUAAAGUGGCAGUGUUUCAGCGGUUUUUUUUUUCCCCCCCCCUUAAUAUUUUGCUAUGUGGAUAAGUAUAUCAACCUGAGACUAAAAAGGAAUAACUUACUCUGAAUUUUGACCGUCCUGCUUGCAUAACCCAGUUUUAAAGAUGAGCCAUAAACAAAAUGAGGAGGACAGCUGGAGGAUGAUUGCACAUUCAAGCUGAGGACCUCAAGUUGAAACAGCAGAAGGAGGGACCAUCAGCUCAGUUUCACAAGCUUUGUAGCAUUUGGCUAUCCAGGCAACAAGCUGAAAAAGACGAGACUGAAUGGGUUUAACCGUUGAUAUAGCUGAAUUUAACUCCAUGUUUAACUUGUAAAAAUGUAUUUCUGAAAAUGGUUUGAUUUUAAUGUAUUGUUGUGUGGGUUUGGGAUAUUGGGCACAAACUGCAUCCAUUCACCCCUGAGUGUAGGUUUAAGUGGAUAACUAUCCUUACAGAAUUGAAAACUUCCAUGCUUUUUUAUGUAAGCAUUUUGACUUCAUGUAAGGAUUGCAAAAGUUUAGAUGUUACUUGUACUGUUUUAGUGUGAUCAUGCUUCUGUGACAGUAUUGAGAGCCCAAGUAAUACCAAUACCCCUCUCCUGCUUCAUCAGAUGCCAUUGCAGUCGUAAGAAGCAUGUCACAAAUACAGAACUAUAUUUUACCAUUGUCAUAACUAUAGCAAUGUUGUAAUCCUUCAGCAUCUAUAAACUGCUGCCUGUCAUCCUGACUGCAGAAAAUUCAUCUUUCAGUUUUCCAUGAAAAUCUCAUCCAGCUACAAAAAAAUCCCCUCAGACUGCCAUUACAGUUGCUUUAGUUCUCAUGGACCCCACUGUGGGCAGCAGACACAGCUGCCAUGUGCUUCAGGCCAUCGUGCAGCUCAAGUACUGACAGGCCACCAAGUGGACAGUAAGACUGCUGCAAACCCCUGGGCUUGACCCAGACACAAAGCUUUGUGCACAAGAAUUGUUUUGGGUCCCUGGUCCCACUCAAGGGAAGCAGUAGGGUCCCUGCAGAUGCCUUACAAAGGAUGUCACCCUUCUUUCCUGGAGAAGCCACUUCGAGAGAGAGGCCUCCUAUCCCUUCUUCCUUGAUUCUGUGGCAUUUUGAUGCCUCGUUCACACUCCACAUGCUUCCCCGGUGUCUCUUGGUGAGGUCAAGGUUACAGCCGGGUGAACUUCUAACACUGGACUUCCUGAGUAUCUCAAGAAACAGUGUCAUGGCAAAGUGUGGUCUGGUAUUGCCUGCCACAUGAAUGGACAUGAUUUAACAUGUACUGGUCUCUCUGCCGUGGUUUUCAAAGACUGUAAACAUGCCAUAAGAAUGGACUUUUCUUUCUGAAAUGUUAAUUUUGUAGUAGAAGCUGUAGAAUGGCCCAAGUACUAACCAAACCUCUAGCAGACAGCUUUGUGAACACGUUUAAUGGGUUGUGUGUCAAGUUUACAACCUCCUGGUGUGCUGGCAUAACAUACCUAAAUUCCACUUAAUAGCAAGACUUGCAAUACAUCAUGUCUGAUUCAUGGUAAGGUGUAACUUGUUCUGUUUCAUGUCCUUGUCUCUUCAAUUGAACGAAUUUCUGCUGGGUUUUUUGUUCAUGCUUCUUGUAUGUCCACUGAUGGUGUAUGAAAAGUGUGGCUCUGUGAUGUUCAUAUGCUAAUCCCUGUAGCUAUUGGCGUUCAUUACGCGGAAGACUGGGACUUCAGGCAAAGGCCGUGCUCCCAGCAAGGUCCUCUGUAGUGCCUUCCUGUGGUCUACAGAGGCAGUCUUGAACUGACAAAACUCAGGAAUACAAACUGUAGAUUUUGCAAGGGGUUGCCUCAAAAGUACACGCAAGAUGCAAUUUAUACUCAGUGUCAAAUAUGAUGUAUGUUUUGCUCCAGUGCUAUGGAGUUGGAUUUCACUUCCUGUCUUGUAGUUGUGCAAGGUACUUUUUUUUUU